AAAAUUCCUUCACAGCCUGUUGACUACCUAUUUAAUAAAUACGUGGGAUAACUUAGAGCCCGACGCCUAGCCAGGUCAAUAUUUUGUUUGCAUGUGUAGGGAAGUAGCGGCAUCUCCUCCACCUCUCCUCUGCAACUAAACCUUUUACCCACCAUUUGCUAUGGAGGUGGAUGACCCUAUAGCUGCCAAAUUUCAGACUCUUGUUGAGUCUCUCAUGGUGAAGACAACCUCUGACAUUGUGAAGGUUUUUACCGAAGUGUUCUUGGAGACCAGGGUGGAAAUUUCUCGCAGCUGGAAGGAAGUUGAUGAUCUGAAGCAGCAGUUGCAAGAGAGUGAAGAGCAGAGAACGCAUGCUAUUUUGAGAAGUCAGUUAACCAGCAGCUUCAAGAAAGAAGAUGGGGGGAUGUCCUGUGUGACCCCUCAGGUUUCUGUUUCAGAUACCAGUACUCUUAGCCCAGAGGGCAGAGGGGAAAAGGUGCAGAUACCUAAGAAUGCUACAGAUGAGAAAACAGCCAACAGACACAGCUGUGUGGCAGUCCAUGGACCAACAACAACUCAGAUAUCACCCGGUACCUCUGGGAGUAACCAAUUUGUAAAUAGGCCAAACCAAAACCACAAGGGCACCUUAACUCGAACUGUGGUUAAAAGUCAUCAUCCACCUAAAUCAUCGGCAGUCGCAAGGCAUCAAACAUCUAUGAUAAAAGUGGUGUCAAAGUCUCCACUACAAACUGUGUCAGUGGUUAGUUCCACUCAAACCUCCUCUUGUACAGCCAUGACAAUACUUGGUAAAAAAUCAGAGAUUAAAAAAGCUGUGGUGCUGAAGAAAAAAUGCAUCCAAAAGAAAACUGCAUCUACAUGUAACAUCACUUCUACACAUAAGCUGCGUGACAGGCAGCUUAGCACCCAAAGGCGUUGUCUGUGCUGCUCAGCAGACACAUGCACCCUGAAAAUGAAGCAUCCAAAAACAAAUUCCCAAGUUGUUCAACAUACAUACACAUGCAAACGAUGCGGUAAGAGGUUUUAUGAAUCAAUGCAGCUCAAGCACCACAAGUGCAUGCAUGAAUGCAGCAGGUGUGGACAGACCUUCACCAGUCUGAAGAACAUGGCAACACAUAGACGAAGUAUCAACCCUUCCACGAGGCCAUACCCAUACUACUGCUGCCUCUGUGGUCAAAUGCUUGCUACCCAGUGUGGCUGGAAUAUACACAAGAGGAUCCAUGCUCAUUCAGAUCACUUUCAGAAUGCCCAAGAUGCCCCAAAGCCCUGCCAAACACUCACAGGGGCCAAAGAACUAAAUGCCAAAGUGGAGGUUCGCUUGGAGAGAAUUUCAGAUGCUCAGGUGGAAGCUGCCUUGUCUCCCAAAGGCUCCUUGUUGCAAGAUGAAGCAACUAGUCUGAAUUCCUUGGAUAUUUCACAGAAGGUGCCUUUAGGAGUGGAAACAUCUGUGUUUAAAGGGAGUGUUAUUGCACCAUCCACAUGCACAAAUAUGAAUACCCCAGUGCUAACUGAGGGAUCUGCAUCCCAGAGUGUGACCAAACCUGUUGAGGAAUGCCUACCAUCUACGUCAAGAAUUGGAAUGCAUAAAAAUGUGAAGCAGGCAGAUAUUCAAACUGCCUCUGCCCAAAUCCUGCCAGUAGAAAAUAGGACUGAAUCAGAUUCACGAAGAAAGGCCAAUGUGAAAUGUGAAAAAGGAUCUUCAGUGAAGGGAGCAAAAUCAUCUUUAAGGAAGACAAAAAUGCCAGAUUGCAAUCAUGGCGUGUACAAUGGCGUGUUUCCUGUUGAGAAAAUUCUUAGAUGGAGGAACACAAAGGGUCAAAAUGAAGUCAGAGUCAAGUGGAUGCCUUGCUCGUUGUGUGGGGCAAAAUGGAAAAACACAUGGGAGCCAGCUGAAAGUUUUAUUUCUUACAGCAAAAAUGAGGAACCUACAAACAAGUAGAACUGAAAUUUCUUAAUGACUAUGAAAACUUUAGUUAUUGUGUGCACAUGGGCAUGUGGUCCCAUAUGAAUUAAGCAUCUUGGUAAAAUUGCUGAUUAUGCCUCUUCUCCUUUGCGCACCAGCCAUUUUGAGCUCAUUUUUGAACGAUUUGUGGUUGUUCACUUUAACACUAGAUAUCUGAAAUUGUACACAUA